ACUAGACACGGAAGCCUGUUAAGCGAGAGCUUCUGCCAUCCCAUUCACAACCAUUUGAACCUUUGGACCAUCUGCUUUCAAAAGUUUGCGGUACAGAUUCCGACGUGCUUACAUUACUAUUAAAUGUGGUUAAAAUAAUCAGAUUUUGGACGUCAUGUAUUUGGACAGUGAACGCAUUUAUCCAUAAGCAUUCACUGCAUUCUGGCAGAGUGGCUUAUAUCAGUACCUGAUAAUAACCCUAGAUCUAAUGCUUAACCUUAACGUACAACUACCUACUUUUAUCCCAGUUCCUCACAUCAGUUUGAAACCUUCAUUCAACUUUAGUAAGCAGAAAGAAACUCUUGAAGUUAGUUUAAGUUGCUCAAGAGUCGCGUAUAAGUUAUAACAUCGCCAAUCCACUAAUCCCAAUCUCCCUAUAUUUGGGAAACCGCAACAGAAAACUUCAAGUAAACGGCACAAAGUUUCCCUAGAAAAUCCUCAAAUUUCCAGUGGAAGUAUGGAGUUUUAACGGCGACAAUGCAAUCGGGAUUUAACGGGUGAAUAGUUUCAUAUUCUCCAUUCUGGAACAUAUGGAGUUGUGUGAGUCUGUUGGUGAACUAUCUGGUAGUUCAGAACAUUUACUGCUUAGAAUAUUCAGUCAGAAACCGAUAUGCAUAAGGUUUUCUACAGAGGAAUCUUUAUCUUCAUGCUUUCUAAAACUGAAAAUCAUGCUUACUUCGGCUGUUUUUGUUCAUAAUUCUGUAUGCUUGUCAGCAAAUUCGACCAGAGAGCAUUCCUCUAAAAUGAUUGACUCCUUUAGGAAGCUAAAAGACAACAUAAAUUUGGCAGCACUCAUAGUAUUUUUCAGUCUUGAUAAUAACACUUGUGAUCACACUCCAACUCUACAGAUUUCUCAUCAUUCAUUUGGCUACUCCCAUCGUAUACCGAUAGAUUUGAUUUGCAAUUUCAGCAACAAUGAAUUAAUGCACAGAGCUCUGUGUACAAAAUUAUCUUCAUUUUUGGACAGCUACCAUCGCGCUCUUCUGUUUCUUUGGAGGGAAUUAAAGUUUCCUCCAAAAACAUUAUUAUCUUAUCAUUACGUAGUUCGGUCUUCUAUGUACAGUAUACGUCUCCCGUGGAGGAUCGAAGAAACACGUGAAGAAAUUUGGCGGAAGAUCAUUCAUGAAAAAUUCAGUCUUCCACUGGAUACUCCACUCGUCCGACGAGGUCAGGCUUUACAUCCAGUACCUAGAAUAGUCACUUGGCUUGGUCCGUCCUCUGAACUUCUUGUGUGUCCUCAUGAAGCCGUUAAACAUGCACCUAAUAUAGGUCAAACCUACAUCGUUACAGGUCGGUAUACUUAUAAGCAUUAUCUUCAGGACGGAGUAGAUGACAGGAAUUGGGGUUGUGCAUAUCGAUCGCUCCAAACACUAGUAUCUUGGCUUAUGUGGCAAGGUGAAAUAACUCCAGGCCCAAUACCAUCUCUCAGAGAUAUUCAAGCUUCUAUUGUACGUUUCGGGGAUAAGCCAAAAAGUUUUAUCGGUAGUUGUCAGUGGAUUGGCUCGCUAGAGAUUUCAUGCUUUAUGAAUAUUAACAAAACUAAGUAGAAAGUCUGUCAGGAGAAUUUUAGUAAAAUUAGAAACUGUUAUAUAAAAACCUAAAAUUGUGCUGGGGACGUCAAUGUACAUGUGUUAACUUCUUGGUGUCCGUUUUCUUACUGUUUUAUUUGUAAUUAAACUCUUAGCUUAUAUUUUCUGCGUUACAUUUCGGCUGUUUUGUAUCAUACUACGUUUGUGUUCUUGUAAUAACAAAGCCUUUACUCUCAAUAUUGCAUUAUAAAUAUUUCUAAUUUCAUAUUUUUCGGUUUUUCUUGUACCUUCCUUAUUUGUCGUUUAUAUGUUACUAUUUGUAAAACAUAUUUUAUGCCUAAUCAUUGUAGAGAAGUACCGCGUAACGAGUUUCAUAAAUUUACGACACUUUCAAGCAGUUAAGAAUUCUGCUUAUUGAUACGUGUGAAACAGUUGUCAUGUUCGGAAGAAGCCAAUUCGAUUUCUAGAAACGUACUUGAAUAAUUAGUUUUCCAAAUUCAGUGAACUUAAAUCGCUGUUUAAUGAGUUCUUUUUAUGUAACGUUUGUCUAUUAUAUAUGAUUAUAAUUCAUUUAUUUACUAUUUUUAAAACUGAUUAAGUAGUGCAAAUCCUUAUCCUCUAAAAAAACUAGAUACCAAUUCAUGGUUCGAAAAUGAAUAUGCAAUUUCUUGUAUUUAGUGAAAUUUGUUUUGUUUUGGAUGCUCCUAAUGAACCAUUUGAUACGUAUGAAUCUUGUCCCAAACUAAUUGACUCAAUGCCUCUGUACUAAUAUUUCCAUGCAACGGAUUUGUCUGGAGGUUAUCCACAGGGUAGCGAGGGAGUCCUUGUUUCGUUUUGGGCACCCGGGAAAUAUAACAGCCCUCACACAUAUCAAAUGAGAUCUGUGUGGCUCAUAUGUAUUUGGUGCCUCCUUGUACCAAUAUCUAUGUGUUAAAAUAAAAAAACGAGGGAGUCUCGUCUUUAUUAAAAGUGACUACAGUUAUUAGCUUCGUAAACAAUCUGUUGGUGCCUAAUCUAAUGAGCCAUAUAUUUCUCCAUAUAUCCUGAACUUUUAUCAUCAUGAUCCUCGCAAGUGAAAUGAUGAUCAGUCAAUGUCAUAAGCAACAUAAAAUCAGGAAAAAGUGCGGACCAACUCUAGUUGAUACAUCACUUCAGCAAAGCAAGAUACGUAGCUAAAAAUAGUAUUUUCGAAUAUAAUACCAAAAAAUAAACGGAUACGGUUUUUAAAAGAUGAACAGAACUAAAUAAACUAAACGAAAUAAUAUUAAAACAUAAGAUCUGAAAACAGGAAUAAAUACAAAUGCACCACUGCAACCGAUUUGCAAUCAUAUCACUUACUAUAUAUUUUAUCACAAUGACUCCACCAAUAGACAGUGGCUUCACGGUUAGGACUACAUUUAUUUAUGCCCGUUGCUAAGUCGAUGUACUGGGUCACCAAAUGGGACAAUUUCUCCAUAAGUGAGUUUUUAAACGUAAUUGCAGCAGAUGGCUAUGGCAAUAUCCUCUCAGGACUGAGAAAUUUGUCUAAACUACUCAGCCUCGUAUCGACUUUCGAACUCACUGCUACACUUGUAACACCACAAAGAGUUGCUAAUGCAUCUUCGUAUUUUUAGUGAGCAGAUUUUGAUUAUUUUUUGUAUGAAUUAUGGUAAAUUGCAGUGAUAAAAAGGAUUUUCUGGUGCUACUUUCACUCGUUUUGCGAAAUAUAUGUAGGAGUAAUUCUAUUCUUCUUGAGAUUUUGUCUUGUAUUUUAAAGUUGCAUGUAUCUGUGCUUGUAUUCAGGUGAGUUAUUGUUUGCAAGAGUUAUACAACAUUCAGUGUCGGCUUCUGCACAUCCCACAAGGACAUCAGAUGAACCAGCUAGCAGCACAUGCUCUUGCACAGCAUUUCACUUCCGGUGGAGGACCAGUUAUGGUUGGUGGUGGCCAAUUAGCUCAUACAAUUAUUGGUGUUCAGUUAUGUGAGUCAACAUUGAACGGUACUGAAUCUUCGUCACAUCGCUAUUUAAUUCUGGAUCCUCAUUAUACUGGCCCCUUUGGAAAUAUUAAGCUUAUUACCGAAAAAGGUUGGUGUGGGUGGAAACUUCAAAGUUUCUGGAAAUCCAACGUUCAUUAUAAUCUUUGUCUUUUACCAGCCAGGAAAAGUAGUUGUGUAUGAUCUGAUUUUCCCAGUCUUUUUAUAGUACAUAUUUUUUGUUGAUAAAUCUAAUCAGUAAUUUCUUCAUGCUCAUACCAAGCUUAUUUCCCAUAUAAGUUAUUUUUCGUGAUAAAAUAAUCCAAGUUGUUAACAUUCCUUCCUAAUAAGGGUUUACUCAUUUCUUUCAUAAUGCUUUAUUACUGAUCUAAUUAUUGCAUAAUUAGUCCACCAAAUUAUCCAAAGGUGUUACACCGUAGUACUAAUGAAGUGUCGGUUUUUACAUUUAUUACAUGUAUGACACAUUUAUUUAUGAAUUAUAUCAGUACUGGGUUCAA